AAACACACUGAACGAGUAUGGCGCUAUUUGAAAGAUGGAAAUCGUUUCUAGUGUUGUAACAUUUACAGUAACCAAGGUAUUACAGUUCUCGGGACUCGUUGUCAACAAGAAUGCACAAGGGACCAACAAGAUGGAGGAGAAAGCACUUGAAGUUUAUGAUGUGAUUCGCACAAUUCGGGACCCAGAGAAACCCAACACUUUGGAAGAAUUGGACGUUGUGUCUGAGAAAUGUGUGGAAGUUCAGGAACUUGGAGAUGAGGAGUACCUUAUCAUUAUUAAGUUCUCACCAACAGUGCCACAUUGCUCGUUGGCGACCUUGAUAGGCCUUUGCUUACAGGUUAAACUGCAAAGGUGCCUUCCUUUUAAACACAAGCUGGAAAUUUACAUUUCUGAGGGAACCCAUUCUACUGAAGAAGACAUUAACAAACAGAUCAAUGAUAAGGAGAGAGUAGCAGCAGCCAUGGAAAACCCAAACCUGCGGGAGAUUGUAGAACAGUGUGUUACUGAACCUGACGACUGAGUCUUCCCUCCCAUCUGUGUAAACAAAAAAAAUCCCAAUCAUAGCCUGAAUGCAUGGCUUCUCAAAUAAAUUUGCUUUGACAGACUGGGGAAUAAGUAAGGAUUAAUAGAGCACUCUCUGGCCUUUGUCUUUACUUUGCAAAUAGCAGGCACAGUUGUUAGUAGUGGCAGCAAGACCUGUGCCAUUAAUUGAAGGCUCUCAUACCGCAAUUGUAGUCUCUUGUCAUUCAAGCAUAAUGAACUGGAAAGUAGGAAUUUCUGAGUGGAACUCAGGCUUAUCACAAGUCUUUUUUUCUGAGAGAGCCAAAGUUUAUGAGGUUAGAAUCUCACGGCUUAGUCGUUUGUUUCUGACGUCACCCAGCUGAAGAAGGAGUCUUGGAGGAAACUCCCUCAAGCUUGAAGCUCGACUGGAGAGAACAGCAACUUCCUGCUCGAGUUCUUCGAACAAAUUUUUUAUAAAAGAAAAACUUCUGCUAUGUGUAAUUUGAGAUGCCACAUUGACAAGCAGCCUUCUUAAAGACCCACCUGAAUGAGCAAGUGAAUCACAGCAAUAUAACAAUAAUCAUAAAGACAUAAAAAUUCACCAGCUGUUAUGUUCUACCUUACUAUACAGUCUGAGGCAUGUAUUACCCUGUAUUACCCUGUUGCUGGGUGGCCUGCUUCUUAUACUUGCACUCUCACCAGGUCACACCAUUCUUUCCAGAAAAUGAACAUCACUGUUGUUUUUGAGGUGUGCUGUUUCCUUAUAAUUGUGAAUUGUGUAGCUUCUACUGGAUUGAUUUUGUAACUAAAUGUGUUUCAUAUAUUUGUAGACAAUGGGAAUAAAGUAUUUUAC